AUGACUCUCCGGAUAUUUUCCUUAGCACUCCUUCUGCUUCUCCCACUCUCCACACAGUCAUGUGCAGCCACUCGCGGUGGUGGUGGAGGGGCGUCUCCAUCAAUUGAUCGAUGUCCUACAGGCCCCGCCAACACGGCCGGCCUCACAACAAACGGGGUGACCCUGCAGAAUGCCGGAGAUACCAGUAAUCCCGUCGCCACUUCUUCGUCGUGUACAGCUGGAGAAAGGAACUAUUGGACAUCAGCGACAAGUGCACAGCCAGAUGAUGAUACUGGGAAUGCUCAAAAAGAAAUCGGGGUCCAAUGCCCAACGGCGAGUAGUGUCUGUGUCUGUCGAUGCGACGGGGUCUGCUGUCAGUCGGGCUCAACAGCACCAGACACGGUGUCGUUUUUUCCAUUCUGCAGCGGAGGUGGUAAGUUAUAUUGUGCAUGACAACCAAAUAUGGAGAUAUCACAAUUUUUUUCUAUCCCUAAUUUUGUUUGAAUUCCAGUGUGCAACUCCUACGCCGUUCUGGAAGGUGAUAAUGCCGCCAGUUUGACCUGCAGUGACGGCUCCACAUUUACCGUGGCCAGUCAGAGCAAUGCUGAUGGAUCCUUCAAAGCGCUGACCUCAGGAAGUUAUUUAGAAGCUGCCUCUGUGUCUUGUAACGGAUGCUCUUCCAUUCAAAAUGACGCUUGCACAGCUGCAGUAAGCGGCUCAACUCCCAUCUCGUAG